AUGCCUAAACGUCAUUCGCGUGGACUCGAGGGCGCAGAUGCCUCGCGCAAGAGACAGAAGGUCGUGCAUGAAGCUCCGACCUUUGAAGAGGUCAACCAUUCGCGACACCUUCAACAACUCUUGACUUUCGACCAGGACCAAAAGCGAGCUCGACACGGUAUCCAAUCCCUCAAAGUCUUCCUCGACGGAUUCAACUCGGGCAAUGGCGACAACAAGGACCGGUUCACCACUCUUCGGGAGUACCUCGACGCCGCCCGGCCGCGCAACACGAGCGACGACGCCGUCCACCUCGGCGACAUAAUGGAGACAUGGUCGUACGGCGCACAGAUCAAUAACGAGGCCAUGAUGUCCGCCGUACCAGCUGUGCUGGCCCUGCUGCUGCAGGUCGCCUCGCAGACCCUCGAGCUGCUGCCGCAUGCCCUCGACAUUGCCCGUACGCUGCUGCAGGAGCGCCAACUCAAGCUCAUUGCGCGUUGCCUUUCGGCGCCCAAGGGAAGCGGGUACAUCAUCUCACCGACGCUGCGGCUGGUGCGCGAGAUCGUGACGCUCGACGGCGGAGCGCUAGCGAGGAGGGUGUUCCGCGCGCGGGACCAUACGUUUGCGAGCUUCGCGAGGAACUUGGAGAUUCGGCAUCUGGGCGCCGAUGGCGAGAGGAGCGGUGUAGAGGACCCGUCGAAGCCUUCGGUGCGGACGAAUGCGAUCAAGCUGUUCUUGAGCUGCCUCAAGUUCCUGCCGGCCGAGGCGAAAAAAGAGAUGUUGAUGCUCAAGGAGGUCUUUUCUCACUUGACGUUCCUGUUGAAGGAUGACCCGCCGUUCUUGAUCCUCGAGAUGCUGGCCGCACUGAAGAAGCAUGUGCUUUUGGACGACAAGCUGCCGCGCGAAGUCAAGUUCCGCGCCUUCAACACGAAGACUCUGGAUCGGUUGGCUGGGCUGUAUACGUACAGACAUGACGUUGAGGAGGAUGACAAGCCUUCGGUCAGAGAAGUCGUCCAUGAGUUUUUGCUCUACACCUGCACAACACCCGGUGCUGGAGUGCUGUAUCCUGGAACCGGCCUCUACCCGAAGGAGCUCGAGGACGAGGCGGCGCAGGAUGUCAAGAGCCUGGACGACUACGGUCUAGAGCGUGUUGCGUGGAUGGACAAGUACAAGGAUGAUAUCGCCGUCGCGAACUUUGUGCUCUCAGAGUUCAUUCAGAAGCUGCGCCCGUGGUCCAGUCUGAAGCACAGCGAGCUCAUCGUGGCCAUCUUCCAGGCGGCGCCGGAGCUGGUUGCCAGCUACUUCUUAAACAACAAGUCUUUCACUUUUGAGCCGAAGCUGUCCAUGACGUGGAUUGGAUACGCCGCUUUCCUGUUCAACACGGUAAACCUGCCGCUACCGCCGCAUUAUGGACCUACGACAGGGUACCGCCGAGUCCCUCCGCCGACUUCGAUCCUCCUGGACAACAUUAUGCCCCUCCCGCUCAAGCAGCGAGACCUCGUCCGUUGUCUCUCCAGCAAGUCGACCCUUGUCUCUUUCUUCGCCAUCCGCAUCCUUGUGCUCGCCCUCCAGAAACUCGAGGUCGCCCUGAAGAUGCACCGCGAAGCGGCUGAGUCGUCCAAAUCGACCUGGGAGAUGGCGGCGCGGAAGCUCAUCGAUGAAUUCUGCCAGAAGAUCCCCGACAUGAAGGAGGUGACCAAGUGCUACAAGGCCAUGGCGGAGGAAAACGUCCUGCAGCGCGAGGCCGCCAGCAGACUGCUGCUGCUGUACUACGAGGUCAUCCCGCAGGUCGCGCUGCGCGCCAACUUUGACGUUUCGCCGUUCCUGGUCAACUCACUCACCCGCCUCGACAGCAGGGCCGAGGAGCCGCAGAACCAGGCCCUGGCCUUGAUGGAGCUGGAGAACCUGAUUGCCAUCGCGGGGUACUCACCGGGCAUGAGAUGGUUCGCCAAGACGGAGGGGCUUGCGGCCUCGCCGUUCGUCGCGCUUCUCAAGUUCUACGUCGAGAACGCACAGGGGCGGUCGAAGCUCAAGGAGGUUCUUGAGUCUGUGGCGGUGCAACACCAGCUCGUGCUGCAGCAGACCGGUCUCACUCCCCUGCUCCGCGCGGCUGGGGAGCUGAAAAAGGGCGGCAAAUCGCGGAACCUGGACCUGAUUUGGGAAUUCCUCGACAACUGCGCCGGACGAUGCGCCGCCUCGCCUCUCAAGUACGUCGACUUGAUGCAGGAAAGUGUCGCUGGCAGCCAGGACGAAAGCUCUGCCAGCUUGAUCUUGGCCACCAUGGUCGAGCAGCUGCCGUUCGUCGUCGACAAGGCAACGGACAAGAAGGACUUGGAACUUCUGUCCAGGUUCUUGACUGUAUUGUUGAGUUGUGCCCAGACGAAGGGGGAGACUCCGGCGGUGAUAAGCGCCUUUGCCAAGAAGAUGACAGAGGUUCUGGCAGGCCGCGCCCCGGCGAUCGCCCCAGAGGCUGACAAGGCUUUGCUCGAUGGCGAGGCGGAAGAGGAAGCAGCAUCAGAAGACAACAGCGCCGAGCCACAACGACAAAGACCGGUCAUCGUGAACGGAGAGCUCGACGAUUCUUCGCUAGAAGCCAUCCUUGACGUGCCGUUCGGCCCUGACGAAGACAACUCGGCGCUUCUCAAGUGGAACUCCAAGAGCGUUGAGGACCUUAUCGACGAGGGCCACGCCGCGGCGCUCAUCCGCCUCCUGUGGUCGGAACAUGCCAGCAUCCGUCAAGAGGCCCUCACAAACAUCUUGAAGAUGGCCGCCAAGUUCAAGGAAUCAACUUAUGAGGAGAAGGACCAGAUCUGGCUUCUCCUCUCGGAACUCGCCGAAUCCUCACGCGCCCUCGUGGCCGGCGGCCCCGUUGCCUCGCCGCUGGUCUCGUUUGCCAUCAGCGCCCUCGAGGUUCUCAAGAACCCGCUGCACUGCCUCUAUCCCAAGGUCAACAGCUUCCUUACGCGCGGGCCCGUGUGGCAGCAUGACAAGGUGCCUCUGGCGCACGACAUCCUCCACGGCGCCCCUUCGGACGACGACAGAUACUACACCGAGGUGAGCUGGCUUCUCGCAUACCUGCUGGACGGCUUGCGCACGCCCGCGGACCUGGCCGUGUACCACCAGAAGAAAUGGUUCGAGAAGGUCUUUGCGCUCGCGGGGAACCCUUACAUGCGGGCGAACCUGCGGACGAGGAUCCUCAGGGUGUUGUGGCGGGCGACGUGCAUUGAGGGUGGGAGCACGACGCUGGCGACGAGGUUUGGGAUCGUGAGCUGGUUGGAGGCGCAGGAGGCGAGGUGCGAUGGCGGCGGCGGUGGCGAUGCAUCGGCUGAGGACAAGGUUGAGAGGAUUGAUGCGGAUAGUCGAGAGACGAGGCGGUUGUAUCGAGCGCUGAGGAGAAGGGUUUGGGACACUUGCGAUCAGGAGAGGGUCGGGGAGUGGAGUCGGAAAGGGAUCCCCUCAGCGUUAGAGGCUUGA